AAUGAGGAGCAUUUGGAGUCCGGCUGAGAGCGGGGGAAGAGAGAGGGCUGCGGGAAGGGAGGCAACAGUUGCGAAUUUGGUACUGUGAGCAGAAAGGUUUGGGAGACUCACAGGCCGCAAAGUGGCCUCCCCCUUGUCAGCACGGACGAGCGAGGCGUGUAAGGAUGCAUGGCUUGGCCCGUGCCUCAUUGUCUUUUGGCUGUUUGGGGCUUCUGCGGCUUUUUGAGGUCCCUUGGUGCUGGAGUCUUUCUGCCAGUUUGGGUAUCUAUCUAGGAACUGGUGGGUGGCGAUUCCUUCGUAUAGUUAUUUUGACUGCAAGGAGGGAUCUCUUCGGUCUCUGUGUGCUGCUACGUGUAAAGCUAGCCAUUCGGAGACAUCUGCGCUGUGGCAGCACUAUACCUUCCAUCUUCUAUGAGACUGUCCAAGCUCACCCUGACAAGCCAGCGCUCAUCUAUGAAGCAACAGGAGAGGUGUGGAGUUUCACCGCUCUGGACCAGUUAUCUAAUGCUGUGGCCCAGUUUGUUCUCUCCCUGGGCUUUGUUCCAGGAGAUGUGAUAGCUGUGUACAUGGAGAGUCGUCCAAUAUUUGUGGCGAUCUGGUUGGGCAUGGCCAAAGUUGGCAUUGAAGCUGCCCUUAUUAAUUUCAACCUUCGGCGAGAUUCACUUAUGCACUGUAUAAGUGUGUCUGGGGCCAGAGCAAUCAUCUUUGGAGCAGAGCUGGCUGAAGCGGUAUGGGAAGUGAGGAGCUCUCUUGGCAAGGAUAUUCGCCUCUUCUGCACAGGGGACUUAAACCCUCAACAUCUAACAGAGUUAGGUGCAGAAGCUUUAGACCCUCUGCUCACCUCCUCCUCACGCCUGCCCCCUCCACGCACACACCGGAAGGUUUUCAAUGAUCGACUUUUCUACAUCUACACAUCUGGGACUACUGGGCUUCCCAAAGCUGCGAUAGUCGUGCACAGCAGGUAUUACCGUAUUGCUGCCAUUGGCUACCAUGCCUUCCGAAUGCGUCCUAACGAUGUGAUCUACGAUUGUCUUCCCCUCUACCACUCUGCAGGAAAUAUCAUGGGUGUGGGGCAGUGUUUGGUCAAUGGUCUUACAGUGGUCAUCAAAAAGAAGUUCUCUGCUAGCCGAUUCUGGGAGGACUGUGUCAAAUAUAAUUGCACUGUAGUGCAGUAUAUUGGUGAGAUCUGCAGAUACCUUCUGAAUCAGCCAGCAAGGGAAGCCGAGACCCAGCACAAGGUUCGGUUGGCUGUUGGAAAUGGGCUUCGGCCUAGUGUAUGGGAGGCAUUCACCCAGAGAUUCCACAUCAAACAGAUUGGCGAGUUCUAUGGAGCAACAGAGUGCAACUGCAGUGUAGCCAACAUGGACGGCAAGGUGGGGGCUUGUGGGUUUAACAGCCUGAUUUUACCCAAUGUCUACCCAAUCCGGCUGGUGAAGGUAAAUGAAGAGACCAUGGAGCUGAUCAGAGGUCGCAACGGCCUGUGCAUAUCCUGCAAACCAGGUGAGGCCGGUCUUUUGGUGGGCAGCAUAAACCAACAAGAUCCUCUGCGCAGAUUUGAUGGUUAUGCCAGCGAGGCUGCAACCAAGAAAAAGAUUGCUUACGAUGUCUUCAAAAAGGGAGAUGCAGCCUAUCUAUCUGGGGAUGUGCUGGUCAUGGACGAGCUGGGCUACAUGUACUUUAAAGACCGCAGUGGAGACACAUUUCGGUGGCGUGGAGAGAAUGUCUCAACAACAGAAGUAGAAGGCAUCCUGAGUACCAUCCUCAAUCAAACUGACGUGGCAGUAUAUGGUGUACCUGUGCCAGGGGUAGAAGGUAAAGCAGGCAUGGCAGCAAUUGCUGAUAAAAGUGACAGUUUUGAUCCUGUUCAUUUCUUUACCGCUGUGCAGAAACUUUUGCCCCCUUACGCCAGGCCAAUGUUUCUACGGAUCUCUCCUGAGGUGGACAAAACAGGAACAUUCAAGAUCCAGAAGACGAGACUGCAGAGAGAGGAGUUUGAUCCUCGACACUCGAAUGACAAGCUCUACUUUCUGGAUGCCCGGGCUGGACGGUACAAGGUCCUCAAUGAGGAUUUGUACAACGCCAUCAGGAAUGGAAGUGUACCCCUCUAAAGUAAGAGGCACGUGUAUGGACAACAAAGGAAAGGAGCCAAUUUUCGAUCAACAUUUGUAUCUCUUCUCAAUAGCACAAAGGGACGGAGGAACUGCCAGAUAUCCACUAAGCCACUUUGGAGCAAAGCCUUCUACCAGGAGAUGUUGAAACUGAACUUGUUUUAAUUAUUUGAUUUGCCUUCUAACUACCAAGAACAACCGUGCAGCCUCCACACUGCACUGUCUCCGUGGUACAUUACAGUAAAAACUUCAGAAAUGCCAGUCAAGUUCUUCAUUAGGCACAGCGUGAAAUGAUCAGUUUAAACUUUCAAAUCUAGCUGUAUCGUCAAAAGGACAUUUUAGAGGAUCCAAGGUUUCUUUUGGUUCCUGGGUUGCUGGGAGGCGAGCAGGGUGUUAGCCAGUGCAUUCAUUUGUGUUAACCCCAUCCCAUUAAGAGUACUAAACCUAAAGAAGGGGAGGAUUUUUAUGUAUUUUUUAAGUACUACUUCUAAUUUUAGGAAUUCUUUAGUUUUAUAUUGAGUUUCAGUGAUCAGGGUACCACAGGUUUGAACCAUAUAGGAUAGACACAGCAUUGAAGUGUAUGUAAAUGGGGUGGAUUACUUUGUAAGAUAUAUUUUAAUAAAUUAAAACUGUUUUUUUUAUUCAUAUGAAU